AUGCCAUGCCUCCAUCUCGGUGGAAACGCUGCUUUCGAAUGCUACAGUACUGGAGAGAGGGCAUGCGGAAGAUGCAAGAAGAGAGGCGCGGAAAUCGAGAAGAGGUGUCAUCAACCCACUGCCGAAGACAUUGCACAAAUGGACAGACGCUGCACCAGGUGCAAAGAAAAAGGCAACAAGAACUGCGACGAGAAAGCUCCAUGCGCUGGCUGCAUUAAGCAACAGGCAAAGGAUCGAGCAGAAGGGAAGCCGAGCUUUUUGGUCGACAAUUGUAAACUCGACAGAGAGGUGCGCCAGCAACUCAUCCUGCAGACUGUUGACAACGAGGAGGUACUGUCCAUGAUCGAAGACGUCGAAGAUGAACAUACGCAUCACGACGAGCAUCCGAAUCACGACGAAGUUGACGGUCUACACCAGGAAGAAGAUGUUGUUUCAGACGAGCAGGUCCAAGACAUCGACGAGAACGAAAUGACCAUAUUACCGAUAGACAAAGAAGAACUUGGCGCGUACUCGCUCGAUGUUGCAGCCCAAGGAGCCUACAAUGAUACUCGCGUGGAGAGCAACGAGACGUCGCCUUCUCCAGCUCUCGCUUCGUCAAUAGCAGAUCAUAUCAUUUCGACAGGCCCGUCAGACUUUGAGGAAGAAAUGACUGAAGUCGAAGCAAGACCUUCACGAAGAAGCCCUGAAGUCAGGGUUUCACAACAGAGCCCCACGUUUCCUGAACAAGAUGGUACCAGAAGAAAAUCGCAACGCAGUUGCACACAGGAUAAGUGUUACAAGGAAGUUAAUGUCGACUACGAAGGAAAUAUCUCCAAUGUGCGCGAAGAUCCUGAUGCCGACGACGAUGAAGAAGCCUACGAGUCCCAGGAAUCAGACAGUGAGAGCGAGGACGGUGAACCGGACGACUCUGAAAAGUCAGAUUCGGAUCAUCAGGAAUCUGGGUAUGACGACGAAGACGAUGAGCUUGACUCUCGCCCCAAAUCACGAAAAAAACUAAUCCCAACGGUUGUUGUAACAGAAGAUGAGAGCGUGUCCCUCCCAAGAUUGCAGAAGAAGGACAAGAAAAAGGGCGGCCCUAGCAGGCAUCUGAAGAAACCGCUAGGUGAAGUGAUAGACCUGGAUCUGCCGCCAUUGAGCGAUAUUUACGAGUGUUUUGGGGAUUUGGUUUCCAACGCUGUCGAGCUUGGGCUCUGUGAUGCGUUGAAAAGCAUAGGACGCCCGAUCAACAUCGGUACAAUGUGCUCUGGAACAGAAGCACCUCUAGUUGCCAUUAAUCUGAUCUCAGAAGCUCUCGAAAAGGCUGGACUGCCCGCUAUUCGCUUCGAACACCAUUUUUCUGCCGAGAUCGAGGCCAUCAAGCAAAGCUAUAUUGAGCGAAACUUUCGACCAACGAGAUUGUUCAGAGAUGUCCGGGAGUUUAUACCUGAUGACGCCACCACGGCAACUACAGCCUACGGAGCCGAAGAGGAUAUUCCCGAGUGCCUUGACAUCGUCAUAGCUGGAUUUGUCUGCAAGAAUCUGUCCAGCCUGAACAGCCAUAAAUUGGAACUGACCGACAAAGGCGAGUCUGGUGAUACAUGGCGCGCUCUUCUUAGCUACGCAAACCGCUUUGGUCCGAGCAUCGUACUUGUUGAGAAUGUGCUAAGUGAAGAAGACACUUGGAACGAUGUAGUCUCCAUGUGGGACGAGGUUGGGUAUGCAGCUGAAUGGGUCUAUUGUGAUACGAAAAACUUCUACAUUCCGCAAACGCGUCAGCGGAUGUACAUGAUCGCAAUCAAGCGCGAGCUCUUCGGCAAAAACGUCGACAAGGCUGUCGGAAAGUGGAGAGACACAAUGCAGCAAUUGCAACGGAAGUGCAGUGUCCCGUACGAAGCUUUUCUUACGAAGACACUUCAAGAGUCGAGUAACCACAGUGCCAGGAUAUCCGAGCCCGAUUGGGCUCUAUGCAAGUUGAGAUACGAUCACAUUCGUUCAGAAGAGCGACUGGGAAAUCUGCACCCUAUCACUCAGUGGAGUGCCAACGGAACUGUCCGGCCACCAGACUUUGCUAACAAAAAAUGGUACAAUUCGCAGUCGUCAAGAGUCUGGGACGCCAUCGAUGUUGCCCACCUGCAAGGAGUUGUUCAAAGCGGCUCUGACUCCCUUUACAAGAUGGCCUCUUGGGACGUCAGCCAGAAUGUCGACCGCUUCAAGGACAAGUUGGGCAUUCUGGGUUGUAUAACGCCGAAAGGGUGCAACUUUGCCACCAAUCGCCAGCAGGCACUCAACGGCACUCAACUCUUGAUCAUGCAAGGUCAGCCUGUCGACAAACUCUUGUUCGCUAACGAAACGCAACGCGAUUGUCAAGACUUGGCUGGCAACGCCAUGACAACAACAGUCAUCGGAGCGUCGUUGAUAUCAGCGAUCAUAUGCGGCGUAAAAUCAUUCCGAACCAACCCUCCAUCUGCUCUCCAGCAGAGCGUUGCGGCAAAGAUGCCGACGAUUUCCAAGACUGUGCUUGACAAACCUGGCUCACUGGAUACCUGUAUCAUCCCAGAGCAUUUCGACUGCAUGAACAUGGCUAUGCUCGCUUCCGAUGGAUGGCUCAGUUCCCGCCUUUGCAACUGUGAGGAAAGUGGCGUCCUGUGUGACUCGGCCGUGCGGAUCUGUUCAACCUGCAAACAUACAGCAUGUAGUGCUUGUGCAGGCAACCCUAGGCACAAGUACCAAGAUCUCAAAGCUGGUCGUACCCAGAGUCCCCACAUGUUUAUUAAGGAAUGGAGAUCGAAGUUUCCGCCUCGCCUGAAGAUCGACCAACUUCCUGAUUUGCGGAACCCUGCUUCAAGCAAACAGCCAGCUGACAAGCACACGAAAGCAUUCUGGGAACGGGUUGAGGAAGCACAAGUUGGAUUGGACUACUUUUACAUUGGCGACCUCGUCAGACAAGACAAUGUCUGGAAGAUGUCGUAUACUUCUACUGAAGCUACACUGGAGCUCAGAAUUGGAAGAGAUAUCCAAUGGCUCUUGUUUGUCAAAUGCUUGCCAACAGUCCCUAGCAGCAGCCAUCUUCGCAAGAUGCUUGAGCAACCGAUUGCUAGAGGCAAGGUAAAAUCAUCGUUGAUGGAUCCUGAGUGGGAAGUUUUCAUCCACCAUCCUAUGAACUGCAUGGUACAGAUCAGCGGCUCGUCCAAGAGGACUAGCUCCGGGAGGAACCGGGAAGGUCUUGCGGAUUUCAGUGAAGAGACCGUGCCUGAAACGCUUACUGUGUGGAGCGCUUCCAAGGAAGCAAAGCCAUUUGUGGGAGACUACGACUACCUGCCGCAUUGUGGGACCGCAUCUCACAAUCUUUAUAAGAGGAGAUUGGCCAAGCCUGAUGUUUACCUCUUCUCUGACCCCAACCCUAUUGGGCCGGAAAAUGGCAUGGUGUUCAGUGAAGACUGUAGUCGAAGGUACUGGGGCGACGUUCGUCUCACCAUGGCCCGCUUAGAUCUUGCAUGGCGGCCAUCAGAUGUCCAGAGUGGACAGGCCUAUAACGUCAACGCAGAUAUUGCUGGAACUUGGACGCCUGUUGUGAUGAAGCUGAAGUCACCUCACGUCGCAAUCAGCGCUAGUACGGUAUCAGGUGAAGCAUUUGUUACCCCUUUACGAGAUGAUUGCUCCCACGCCCUCUCCGUGCUCGAAGUCAACCUACAAGAACGAAUCCGCAUUCAGAAAUUCUCAGACUAUUUCUGGGUGCUAGAGAGGGCCUCUAAAUUACUGCCCGAUCUCUCAGCCUGGCAGCCUUUUCAGUCCGAAUCCGCCAGCGACUGCAUGUGUGCACCAACUCAACCACCCAUCCACUGGAGUGUUGAUAAAAAAGUAGCUACUCCACACGAGGAGCGGCAGGCUGCUGCUAAAUUUGAGCGCGCAAUCAAGACGCGACGUGACAUUUUCGAGGUUUUGCCGUCCAAUGAACACAAGACGACUCGAAUCGAAAUCGGAGUCAACGUCUCUUCUCUGAUUCAUCGUGCCCGAGGCAGACUCGCCCACUUGGGACCAGUCACGACCUCCUGGAGACUGAUAACUGAUCACACGACUUCGGCGUCCAAGAGAUUUCCCAAGUUCAGAUUGUUGGAUAACUCCCAGGACGGAGCCGUUGAAUCCAUCCCGGCAGUGGGGUACCUACAUGGAGCUCAGCCAAAGGCUCUCUCAUGGAUGAGAUCCCAAGAGCUGGGCCGAGUUUUGACAGUUACGGAAGUCGAAGAAGCGGUUGAUUCUCAGUUGGGUUGGAGAGCGGAAGCCCAAGCCCAGAUCGACGUCAAGGUUCGUGGAGGAGUACUCGCGGAUCUUCCGUCAUUUGGAAAGACCGUCACGACGAUAGCUCUCAUUCAAAGCGAGUUUGAACAGCACACCCCCAAGAAAAUUCUUAAUCACAAUCGCGGUCUGACCGCAGGGUUGCCAGGCCGCAUCAACGUAGCUGCCACAUUGAUAGUUUGCCCUCGUCACAUCGCUGAACAAUGGCGGACAGAAUUCAGGUCGUUCUUGGGAACAGAGAAAUACGAGCUCUAUGAUGUCAAGGUCAUACUAAGUUUCACAGACUUGCAGAAACUGACAGUAGAGGACUUCAAGGCUAGCAGAGUCAUCAUUGUGUCCUGGAAAGUUCUAUCAGACCCCAGAUACAUCAACCAGCUUGCACGGUUCGCUGGUAUUCCAGAGCCAGUAACCACCAACUGUCGUGCGUUCAACGCGGGCUUGGCUCGAAUUAUGCUCGAAAUUCCGGAUAGGCUAGAGGAUCUUCAAGAUAUGGACUUUCACGACUUCGACUCAUCCCUAGAUGUCUUGCUCGAGGACCGCCUACGACGCGCUGAAUUUCAGGCUGUUUUGCCUCUCAAGAUCCAACACGGCAAAGCAUAUAAAUCUUACGCGCCCCCGGUUGCGAAGGGUCGUGGCGCUGGAGCAAACGGGAAAUCUCUGCCGAAACGCAAAUCUUCAGGUUCUGCAACUCAUCAAGUGCCUCUGCUCCAUCUCUUCCGCUGGAACAGAAUCGUUGUCGAUGAGUACCAUUAUCUCAACAGUCGAAACAACAUCGAGAACGGUCUGAUAGCUUCUAGCGUAAAGUGUAUCGCCGCACCAAAGCGCUGGGUUCUUUCUGGGACACCUGCCCUUACGAAUUUCUCCGAUGUCAAUGAAAUCGCCUCAUUUCUUGACGUCAAACUCGGCCGAAAUGCUUUUGGAGACGGAUCUGCCACGACCCAGCUGGAGAGAGGGUUGAUCAAGGAUCAAACCAGUGUAGAAAAGUUCCUUUCACGAACACAGCUCAUGUCGGAUCAGUGGCACCAGGCCCGACAUGACCGAGCACAGAUGUUUCUAGACUUGUUCGUCAGGCAGAACGAGCCGUCCUUGCAAUACAUCAAAUGCUCUGAAACUCUACGACCGGUAGAACUGAAUAUCGCGCAUCACGCCGUUUAUCUCGAGCUUUCCCAGCAUCUGGACUCGCAGAGAAUGCAGAUCAGGAAAUUGAACAACAAAAACAAGUCAGACCGGCAGAACAGACUUAACCAGAGCCUAGACAAUUUCCCAACCGCCGAAGCGGCGUUGUUGCAUUAUGCUCUUCAAUACAAGACUUCUGAUGGUGAGUCAGGUCUUGACUCCUUGGUCCGAGACAGAUCAAACCAGCGGCUGGAGACGGAGGCGGAGUUGACACGACUUGUAAUUGGAUUUGAAGGUUACCUCCAACGUCCACAGCUCAUGAAGUCGAUCAGAGGGAUCAACGCAAAGGACGACAGUUUGAACGUGUACGAGCGCUUGAAAGCUGACAUCAGUUCGAAUUGGCUUGGAGAUGAAGACGCCAGUCUGGUAGCACGCAAAAUUCUUGACAAAGCCAAACGUCAUCCAAACGCCAAUGGCUUCUUGGAGAAGAAGACUCGAGACUGUUUCCGGAGAGGUAUCUCAGAUGCGCGCGACUGCUCCCGCGAGCUCACUGACAGAAUACGAUCUGAGCGGUUCGUCAACAACAUCAAAGGUCGGAUCUUUCCAUCUCUAUUGGAAGGAGAAGGCCCCGAGUCUCUCACUUGUGAUGCUCCCUCUUGCAAGGGUGGAGCCAACGUCACUCAACUUCGGCUACUAUACGAGUGUGGACAUGUUGCCUGUGAUGACUGCCUUAUGUCGCGUACUGACGAUGAACGUUGCGUCGCCACUGGCUGCGGUGUCUGCCUUCGAGGCAACCUGAUCCAGGCUUCAGAACUUGGCACUACCAGCGAGAAGGUGUCUGGCAAGAGCUUUGGUGAGAAACUCGACGCUGUUGCCGAACUCAUCAAGAGCGUACCAAACAACGACCAAUCUCUUGUAUUUGCUCCAAACGACAAGACGAUCCGCGCCCUUCGGGAAGUCUUCAGCCAUCACAAGAUCUCGUUCCAGACUGCGGACGAUGAUAUCGAGAAGUUCAAGACGACGACAGAUCCAGCGAAGCGCAAGAAAGCUUUGAUUCUUAAUCAGGGAGGUGAAUCUGCUGCGGGGAUCAACCUCGUGAACGCGAAUCACAUCUUCUUUGUCGCUCCUCUACUAGUAGACAGCCAGGACCAGUACGAUGCGGCCAUGGCGCAGGCAGAGGCUCGUAGCCGUCGUUACGGCCAGAAAAAGAUCGUUCACAUUUACCAUUUCGCUGCGUUGCGGACAAUCGACGUCGACAUUCUUGAACAUCGCCACAGACGUAAAGAUGCCAUCACGACAUCAAGCAAGGCGAAACUGCCACCCCCUCUGGCAGAGAGAGAGAAAACGAGAUUGGUGAAAAAUGACGCAGGGCAGGUGGCUUUGGUGCCGCUUUCCAUGGUGGCAGACGAGGCUGCGCGGAAAAUCUUGGGCAUCACGGAAGCCCCCAAGAGCUUCACGUCACUCAUCAAUUUCUCGGAGAAUUUCGAGCGUGGUGAGGAUGACGAUGUCUAG